CCCACACAUGCUGCUGUUGCUGCUGUUGCUGCUGGUGGAGGCUGAACCUCACCUGCGCGGUGUCUCCCUGUAAGGAGGAGUACUUUGCUGUUCAACAGUGAAUCUCAUUGAUUUCAAUAAACAUGGAUGAAUUGCAAGAUGUCCAGCUGACAGAAAUUAAACCCCUCCUAAAUAAUAAGAAUUCAGCUCGAAACUUUCAGGACUUUGACUGUCAGGAGCAUGACAUCGAGACAGCUUAUGGAGUUGUCCAUGUCACUAUGCGGGGCACUUCAAAGGGAAAUCGACCCAUCAUCCUUACAUAUCAUGAUAUUGGCCUCAACCAUAAGUCCUGCUUCAACACUUUCUUCAAUUUUGAAGACAUGCAAGAAAUCACACAACACUUUGCUGUAUGCCAUGUUGAUGCACCUGGACAACAAGAGGGGGCUCCUCCUUUCCCUUCUGGAUACCAGUAUCCUAGUACUGAUGAACUUGCUGAAAUGCUUCCUGCUGUUCUUACGCACCUGAGCCUAAAAAGUGUAAUUGGAAUAGGAGUUGGGGCUGGUGCUUAUAUCCUCAGCAGGUUUGCGCUGAAUCAUCCAGACUUGGUAGAAGGCUUAGUGCUAAUUAAUAUUGAUCCAUGUGCAAAAGGUUGGAUAGAUUGGGCAGCAUCCAAGUUUUCUGGUUGGACAACUAACCUUGUGGAUAUUGUUCUGGCUCACCAUUUUGGUCAUGAAGAACUGCAGGCUAAUCUGGAGCUGAUUCAGACAUACAGACUUCAUAUUGCACAAGACAUAAAUCAGGAAAACCUUCAGCUCUUUGUCACCUCCUAUAACAGUCGUAGAGAUCUGGAUAUUGAAAGACCAAUUUUGGGUAUGAAUGAAGAAGCAGUAAAAACACUCAAGUGCCCUGUCUUGUUAGUAGUUGGAGACAGCUCUCCUGCAGUUGAGGCUGUGGUUGAAUGCAAUUCACGUCUGGAUCCAAUAAACACAACACUCCUAAAGAUGGCAGAUUGUGGGGGGUUGCCCCAGGUUGUCCAGCCUGGGAAACUAACUGAAGCUUUCAAAUACUUUGUGCAAGGAAUGGGUUACAUGCCAUCCGCAAGCAUGACCAGGUUGAUCCGUUCCCGGACCCAGUCAUCUUCAAGUGUAGGUUCUGGAGAAAGCACUCAAGCACGGUCUCAGGCCCACAACCUGAGGGAGACAAACACUGGAAUACCUGAAACUACUGAAGUCCAUGGCAAUCCUCAGACUAUGGAAGUAUCCUGCUAAGCAAGCAUGUGAAUCCAGACCAUUCCUUUUCUUUCUUUCUGCACACUUCCAACAAGUGGCAUUAACAGUUUUUUUCCCCCUCAUUAUACCUGCUAACUUUUCAGCUGUCUCUUUGGUGUUAUAUUUAGUUAUGUUUGUACAGAAACUUUGGCUGCCUACAGAUGUACCUAAAAAUAGCUGCUGGGGGUGCAGGGUUAUUUUCUGAGCUCUGCUUUUCUUUGCAGGUUCUAGAUCAAAAGCUGGGUCUCUCUUCUUGCCUUUCCCCUGUCCCCCCAAGCAGGCUGCCCAUUUCAUUUUAAUUCCUUCCACCUCUCCAUCACACCUUCAUAUUUAUCUGCUUGAAAUAUUUGGUGCUCUUUAAAAGAUGUUCCCUGGUGUGAUAGUGGUGGUUUUGAUUUCUUGAAAAUGGCUCUUUGGUUCAGCCAGUUUAUUCUGUGUGCAGAGCCUUGAUCUAUAAUGGGGAAGGAGAAAUACUUUCAUGGUGAUGCAAGGGCUUGCUACUUAAUGCUAUAUAAAUCCAAAUUUAGCUUUCUCUCAGUUAAAUAUGGAGAAAAUGUAUGUGUGUCAUAAAUGUGGUAAAUGCGCUUCCACUGUGGGCUUGCCACUGAAAUUGUAUACAUCUGUAUGCAUCCAUUAACUGCUAACAUGCAUUGGUGCUAGGCAAGAUGAAGGUGUCUUCAUUUCCCCUGGCCUCCUGUGCUAUCAAAUCAUCUGAGAACAGUGUGUCUCUCCUGUCUUUUUGAAAUUCAGAUGAUCAUUUUUGUGGUUUUUUGACUUAGAAUUGCUUUUUAGUGUGCUUCUGCUAAAAGGUGUUAAGGCUCUUGACUGCAGUCCUAACAAUCUUUGGAGUUAUGAUUAAAGAAAAUGCCUUUGAUUCAGAACUCCAAGAGUGGAUCUUGAAUUCUAUUUUAUUCAAAUUCUUGAGGAGAUCCCAACAUAAUGCAUAAGUUGUACAAGAGUUAUAUCUUUCACAGCUGAGCAGGGGAAAGGAAGGUCUUUCCUGCUUGUUUAUUCAGAAGCAUCUCUCAUUAGGACAAUUAGAUUACAGGAAGAAUGAGGUAUCUAACCAGCUUAAUUCCCAACAAGGAGAACACACUAUUCAACUGUGUGUAAAGGUUUUACACACUAUAAAAUAGCCAAAGUUGCAUUAUAGUGGAUUUAGAAAUAGAGCCAGAUUAUACACCAAUGGUUCCUGAAGUUGAAAACAAAUUCUGAAGUUGAAAAAAGAUACUAAGCCAAGUGUCUUAAUUUUCACAACUGUUCAGUUACAGUAACUUUCAUAAUAAAUUAUGCACCCUUAAUAAUUUCUAAAGGGAAUUAAAUGUACUGGUUCAGAAAUAUAUCUGUAAUUAUUGAAAUAAGAUAAAUUCUAAUCUACUGAACAACUUAAUUCUAAAUUCCAGCUUUGAAGUUGUUGGGUAAGAAGACAAUAGUAUGCAUGUUGACCCUAAAGUAAACCUCAUUGAGUUUAAUGGGUUUCAUUCCCAUCUAAGUGUGUAUGGGGAUUGCAGACUAAUCUGGAAUGAAUACAUAUAAAAUGGGGAACUAUUCAUUCUGUAUUUGCCAGACUAGCUUAACACUGAUUCAAUAUAAUGCUGAUUCUGUAUCUGUGAAAGACUAUGUAGUUCUGUAUGUAGGUUUUCCCUCUACUCUUUUGGUUAAGACUAGUAUUUUAUUAUUGACUAUACUAACCCAAAAAUUAUUCUGUUCACUUAGUAGGAAAAUAAUACACACACACACACACACACAGACAUACCUGUGUCCACACAGACAUAAAUAUAUAUGAUUUAUAUUCUGGUGGAAAUAGAUUAAAAUUGACGAUGAUUAAGUGCACUAAGAAUCAUGCAGUUUUGCAAUUUAUGGAAAUAAUUUAAAAAUCUGAUUUGUUGGGAUUUGCUGGGAUUUCAGAAUAUAAUUCUGAAUAGAAUAUAGGAUAGAAUUAGCUCAGGAUUUCUGAACCCAUAGCUAGUUUUGUAGCCUUUCUCUCAAGCAGAUGCAUUACUAA